CAGAGCUGAGGAGAGUGACGGCUGGUGCACACUCUCUCAGGGAAUUGCGGUUAAAUAGAAUUUUUCUUUUACAGAAAUGGGGCAAAACAUUUAAUGUUAAGUGUAAAUUUUAGCUAGAAUUUAUUUUAACACUGGGACUGGAAGUUACACAAAUUAUCUUUAGUCUGGGAAAAAGAUUUUUGUGUGUGUAGACAAAAUCUUUAUUUACUGCAACACUGAGUGAAAAAGAGCAAAUAAUGAUCUUGCUCUUUAUUAUAGUGUUUGGUCUCAUUCAUUCUGUGCUGGGAGAUUGUGAGGAAGGAUGGAGGGAAUACGAGGACAGGUGCUACCAUUUCUCCACUGAAAAGAAGACAUGGCAUGAGGCUCUGGAGGCAUGUGCGCACAAAGGAAGUCAUCUGAUGAGCAUCAUGAACCUUCAUGAGAGGACGUGGGUCAGUACGCAGCUUGGACACUCUAUAUUCUGGAUCGGCCUGAACGAUAUCGCCUCUGAGGGGAACUGGGAGUGGAGCGAUGGCAGCAUUUAUUACCCAUAUCUAGAAUACUGGAGGCCCGGACAGCCAGAUAACUAUGACGACAACGAGGACUGUGCACAAGCCGAUGGGAACAGCAACGGCCGUUGGAACGAUGAGCACUGCACAGCCCAGCGGCAAUACAUAUGCAAACGAGACAACCCGAACCCUCCUGUGUUGUGUGACACGGCCAACCGGUGGGAACAGUUUGGUUCUAACUGCUACAAACUACACCAUACUCUAAAGAAGAGCUGGAACUCGGCCCGGAGCGAGUGUUUAAAGGAAGGAGCCGAUCUGGUGUCCAUCGAAUCAGCAGAAGAAAACCAGUACGUCCUAGGUCUGGACCCGACCUAUUACGACCUGUGGAUUGGCUACUCCACCCUGAAAUGCACCACAAUAUCAUGUCAAGUUGAGGAAAACAGCACCAAGUUCAGUUGGUCUGAUGCGGCUACCUCCAGCUACACACAAUGGGCCAACCAGCAACCUGAUCUCACCGAUAAGCAGAACGGCCUGUGCGCUGGUCUCAUCAAGUCAGGAGAUAAUUACGGGAAGUGGAAGACUCACCUGUGUCGCUCUGAACAUCCGUACGCGUGCAAGAGGGCUUUAAACACCGUUUGCCCGCUCGGCUGGUCGAGCUUUAAAGGAAGCUGCUAUUUGGCGGUGUCUAACGGCCGCCUGUUGACCAGCUGGCACGAAGCUCUGACCAGAUGCAGCGACAUAGGCGCUAGUCUUCUGACCAUCAAGAAUGAGGAAGAACAAUACUUCAUCAACGGGAUGCUUCCAGAUCUCCACCAGAUUGACAUUCCCGACGUGUGGAUCGGCGUUUCAGAUAUGGAUGAGGAUGGAACGUUUAGAUGGGUGGAUAAAACCAAUAUCGAGUUUUCCAACUGGAGCCCCGGUUUCCCGAAGAACACGAAUAAGUUUUGGGACUGCGGACAGAUUUAUACAGGGAAUUACGCUGGGAAAUGGGAGACAGGAAACUGUUUUAAGGUCCAGGCGUACAUCUGUAAGAUGUUGGGGGGUCAGAACGUGAAACCUACUCCUCCACCGGAAUUUCACUGUGAUCAGGGGUAUCUUCUGUACGGUGAUCACUGCUAUCACUUCGAGAGUGAAUCGGUUAAAACAUGGCAGGAUGCUGAGAACUACUGCUUCGCUCAGAACGGACACCUGGCCAGCAUUCACAACCAGGAGACAAUCAGUUUUAUAACAGCUCACGUUACCAGAGCCUCCUGGAUCGGACUCAGUGACAUCCAACAAGAGGGAAACUUUAUAUGGUCUGAUGGAACACCUUCUGAUUUCUUGCCAUGGGGCGAGGGUCAGCCGGAUAACUGGGGCGAGGAGGACUGUGUACAAAUCCGUGGCACGGAGCACUUCGAGACAGGAAAAUUUAACGAUGUACAGUGUUCUAACACCUACCCGUUCAUCUGCAAGAAAGGUAAAGGUGUUGGUCCUCCUCCAAUUCCACCCACCUCUGGACCAGGUUGGAAUGAGAAGUGUGGUUCAUGGAUUGCUGACCCCUUUAAUGAUUACUGCUAUCACAUCGUUCCGUACUCACUGCGUAAAUGGGCUGAAGCUCGUGCUGACUGUGUGCAUCAGGGAGGCGACCUUGCCAGCAUCACUGAGCCAUUUGAGCAGGGCUUUAUUCAGGCUCAUAUCCAGUCCAUUCCCACGGGUGUGUCUCUGUGGAUCGGUGCUCAUGACUCGGUCACAGAGGGAGGAUGGGAGUGGAUGGACAGAUCUCCCUUCCGGUAUAUUAACUGGUCCCCAGGGAACCCGGAUAAUUACGGCAGCGAGGACUGCCUCUCCAUCUACAUCAACAACGGCCUGUGGAACGACGACAAUUGCGACUAUCGGCGAGGCUACAUCUGCAAACGCCGCGGAAACACACCAGAACCUCCACCACCUCAUGAUGGCUACCUGACAGCGUACACAUGUGAAGGCUCCUCCAUGGUCCUCCACUGUCCCAUAAACAGUGUCAUCAACAUCCAGUCUGCUUUCUUCGGCCGCCGCAGUGACAAAAUCUGUCCUUACAUGGACGGAAGUGAAGGCCACUGCGAGGUCCCGGGAACGUACGAUCGCGUCAGUAAGCAGUGUGACAACCAUCAGUUCUGUUUCCUCUUCUCACACGUGGAAAACGACCCGUGUCCUUUAAUUUCCAAAUACCUGGAGGUGGUGUACAGCUGUGAGCAGAACGUGUGUGUAAGAGGUUUAGGAAUCGAAGAUGGCAGCAUUACAGACUCGAUGCUCUCUGCUUCUUCAUCGAUGGGGGGGAAAGAACCCAGAAAUGCUCGACUCAAUGGAAACACCUGCUGGAUGCCUACCACCAGUGAAAAUUCUUGGAUCCAGGUGAGCCUUCCUGAAACGAAGAAGAUCACAGGGGUUGUGAUCCAAGGCUGCCCCACUGCUGAUCACUGGGUGACCAAGUUUAAAGUCCAGACCAGCGUAGAUGGAGUUUCCUGGAUCGACUACAUGCUUGAUGGAAAGGUAGAAGUGUUUCUGGGUGCGACAGAUAGAGGUUCUCCCACUACUCAGCUGCUUGGGACCCCUGUAUCUGUGAAGUACAUACGGAUCCUGCCGUCAGAGUGGCACAACCAGGCCGGCCUGAGAUUUGAAAUCCUCGGCUGCACCCCCGACUAUGCCAUUAGUUGUAUAACGAGACCCAACCUGGACCACUAUGUAGACAAGAUGACUGUCCACUGCCCUGCUGGUUGUUCGGAGGCGAUCUACAACGUGUAUGGAACCCUGACUUACCGAGGGGACUCUACCAUCUGCGCAGCCGCGAUUCACGCCGGUGUGAUUCUCAACGAGGUCGGAGGAGACUGCACCAUCCUCAAAGCUCCAGGACAGAACUUCUACAGCGGCUCCACCAGGAACGGCAUCAUCUCCAAGCAGUACAGCGGCUCGUACUCCGUGUCCUACCAGUUUGCUGAUGGAGAACUCAGAUGUUCAGGAAAUGACUGGUAUGAAUUUGGCGAGUUCUGCUACAAACCCUUCAGCGAGAAGCGAACGUGGCACGAGGCUCGGGCUGCAUGCAUGAGGCAGGGGGCCGACCUGGUCUCCAUCAUGUCCCUGACGGAGCAGAGCUGGCUGGAGAGCUACCUCUACCUGGCCACCAGUGACGUCUGGACCGGACUGAAUGAUCUGGAGUUCUCAGGCUACUUUACGUGGUCAGACAAGCAUGAGGUGAGGUUUACACACUGGGCUCCUGGAGAACCAAACAACCACUUAGGCUUUAAAGAGGACUGCGUGGAGAUGCUCCAUCAGACGGGUCGAUGGAACGAUGUAACCUGCACCGAACUGAACACCUACAUCUGUAAAAUGCCCAAAGGCCAUUACCCUCUGCCCUCCAUCAAACCCACAGUGUACGGCUGCCUUCAGGGCUGGGAUGCUUUUGAGUACUCUUGUUACUGGUUCGAGGAGACCCCCAUGACCCGUGCUGAGGCUAAGGCUUUUUGCGAUAGUAAAAGCAGCACUCUCCUUCACAUACUGGAUGUGUACGAGCAGGCCCACUUCACUGCAUUUCUAAGCGCUUACUCGGGUAACUGGUGGAUAGGUCUGAGAGCGAAGGGUGAACUGGGAGGAGUGGAUUAUCAGUGGGACAAUGGCGCGUCACUCCUCUACACCCACUGGGACAGAGACUAUCCUGACAACAGCAAGGGUGACUGUGUCACCAUGACGACGAAGCCUAUCGCAGGUUUCUGGAGAAACCAGAACUGUGAUCAUUCCCAUCCAUUCGUCUGCGAAUCGCCUAGAGAUGGCAUCUCGCCGCCCACCCAUGCCCCGACUCCGCCCCCUGUUGCUGGAUGUGCGAAUGGAUGGUCCGGCCAGCCGCACUUCAGGCAGUGCUACAGGCUCUUCACAGUGGAUUUUUCAAACAAGAAAAGCUGGGCUGAUGCUCGAGAGGACUGUUUGUCCCGUGGAGCCGACUUAGUCAGCAUUCAUAAUGUGGAAGAGGAAAGGUUUAUAGCUGACUACACCAAAGGGAAGACGCAGUGGAUUGGUUUAAGCCAAGAGCCCACAGCUGGAGGUUACCACUGGAGUGACGGUUCGCCCGUCACUCACACCAACUGGGAUAACGGCGAGCCGAACGAUCAUGGUGGCCGGGAGAAUUGCGUGGAGAUGAUCACCACGAUCAACGGCACAUCCUUUUGGAAUGACCAGACCUGUGAUGCCCCUCAGGAUUGGGUGUGCAUGAUCGCCAAGGGAAAGACGCCACUAAUCCCCCCUGUGCCUCCGCCACCUAUACCAGCCCCUGACUGUGGAGACAAUCCCGGCUGGAGGAAGAACAACGGCCUCUGCUAUUACUACAACGACACAGACAUUGUGGACUUCCACACGGCUCUUGCCAGGUGCUAUGCUGAGAAAGCACUGCUCGCCUCCAUCCUGGAUCAGCAGGAGCAGACGUAUGUGGUGUCCAUGGUUGGAACAGGAAAAAUCGACGCAGCGUGGAUCGGGUUGCGGAUGUUUGGAGUCGUAGGAGGAGAGUUUCUGUGGGUAGACGGGUCUCCGGUCACAUACGUGCACUGGGCUCCAGGAGAACCUAACAACGCUGGUGGAGAGGAACAGUGUGUGCAGAUGAAGAGAUAUCCAGGCACGUGGAACGACGUGAACUGCGGGCGGGCCAUCGCAGGUUACGUGUGUAAGAAAUUGCCUGGAGAUCAUCACACUCCUCCUCCUCCUACCCCUGCAUGGGAAGGAAACUGCCCUGAUGGGUGGCUGCGAUUUCAUAACAAGUGCUACAUGAUCAGAGGAAGGCAUUCGCACCAAGAGGAAAGAGCCAACUGGACUUAUGCACGAGACUGGUGCAAGAAACAGGGUGGAGACCUCGCUGUCAUCGACGACAUCAACGAAAACGAAUUCGUGGCCAGUUACCUGAGAGACGUGAGCCAUGCGACGUGGAUCGGAUUGUCCGAUCGGCUUCACGAGGGAAAGUUUGCUUGGAGUGAUGGAGUGAGUCCCGUCCUGUUUACCAACUGGGCUGAGAAGGAACCCAACAACAACAACGGCGAGGAGCAUUGCGUGUCUAUGAGUCAUAACCACCGAGUGACAGGUCGCUGGAAUGACGAGAAGUGCGAAGAGAAAAGAAGCUGGGUGUGCUACAAGAAGAAAUCCAGCAGUCUUCCUCCUCCAGCUCCCACAAGCAGCCCCUGUCACUCAGACUACAUCUCCUGGUACAAGAACUGCUAUAAGCUGGUGUCGGAGCCGAAGCCGUGGGACGAGGCGCAGGACGCUUGUGUAAAGGAAGGAGGAAACCUGGCUAGUGUGGACAUGAGCUACGACCAGGCCUUCAUCUCUGCAGUGCUGCAGCAGAACAAGCAGGACACCUGGAUCGGCCUGAGACGCAAAGAGAAUGAGGGAACGUACCGAUGGUCCGACGGAUGGCCGGUGUUCUACACACACUGGGGUCCAGGAGAGCCGACCAAUCACGAUGGAGAGGGCUGUGUGAGCAUGCACGGCCGAUCCCACUUCAUCCAGGGCACGUGGAACGACACGGAUUGCAAAGUCGCUAAGCCGUACCUCUGCAAGAUCUCACACGAGCCUCCUCCCCCGACGCCGCCUUCUGGGGACGGAGAGUGUUUGCCCUACUGGCAGGCGUACGGAAGUUACUGCUACAUCGUGUAUAACGAUAAGCAGGGUCGCUCCUGGCCCGAAGCGCGACACUUCUGCCAGCUGAUCUCAGAGACUGACUUGGCGUCUGUGCACAGCAGAGCUGAGGUGGAGUUUCUCACCAGCAUCAACAACACUGGACUUCACCACUUAUGGCUCGGCCUCUCCAGGGACAUCUCAUAUGGCUGGGCCUGGACCGACCUGAGCUCUCUGGGUUUCACCAACUGGGCCCAGGGCGAGCCGAACGGCGGCGGACACGAUGGGGCUCGAGAGGACUGCGUAGAGAUGUACAAGGACGGGAAAUGGAACGACAACAGCUGCUUCGAGAAGAGAGGCUUCAUCUGCAAACGACGCCAACAUUAUUCGCAUGGAAACACUACCACCGUUUCUCCGAUCCUUCCUCCUGCAGCAUCAGUUGCCGGGGCUGUCAUCGGGGCAUUGUUGGCCGUGGUGAUCGUUCUGGGCGUUCUGUACUACAUCUUCAGGGUGAAAGGAGUGAAGCUGAGCAGCGUCAGUCUCCCGAGCAGAAGCAAAAAUAACGUGGAAGUGCCAGCGUUCCAUAACCCGAACUUCGCCGGAGAAUCGGAGACAUGAAGUCGUGAAUUCUGGUGAAACGAAGUGGCUUUAAAACAAAACAAAAAAACACCAGGUUGUACAGAAAGCAGCUACGCUGAAGUUCAAAACGUAAUCAAUUGCAAUGAUGUUUUAGUUCUCGUGUUUUUGGCGUUUGUUUGUGUGAGAAUUUUUUUAAUUGCUUUUUAGAUUUUUAUUUUAAACGCUAAUAGAAAAAUGUUAAUUAAAUGGUUGUGCAUUGUAUAUAUACACACACACACACACAC